GCGUUCUUGUUUUGAACAUUAUUUUGAGUACGCUGGUUGAUAUUUUACUGAAUGAAUGUACUUUUACCAAUAAUUUGAAUUCCUUGUGAACAGGGCCAUAGAAACUGCUUGAGCUUCACUUAUUUCAUUUUUAAACUCACCGUGGAUACAUACGUGAAAGAAAAGCUAGUUUAAGUGGAUUGCAAGGGAUUAACUUUGCAACCAAAAUUCAAAAUUCACGCUUAAAUACUGAAUAGCCAAUGAGGGCCUCUAAAAUUAAUUUGAUUGGAGUAAUGAGCGCGAAAAAAAAAAAAAAACUGCCACUAUUGCACUGGCCUAUUAUGCUUUUGCCUAGUUUUUACACAAACCAUUACUUAAUGCAUGCGUUGUAAUAGGACAGAAUACACACUGAAGGCUUGUUACUUGAUUGAGGAUUAAUUAGUGGUAAUUUGCAGGUGGAGGAAGUUUGGGUGUCGGCAUGUUUGGUGCUAGCCAGAACCUCACUACCACCACACCGUUGCCACAACAACAACAUCAUCAACAACAUCAACAACAGCAGCAGCAACAGCAACAACAACUACAAAGUAAUAAUGUCCUCCAAAACAUGGAACUUCUCUUAGAAAGUCUUAGCACUGGUAGUUUUCAGAACUUUGACCUGGGUACGUGGCAGGUUUUUAUGGAAAGCAUGAAAAGCGCAGAUCUGCAAAACAUCGGCGUGGAUCAGAAUCAGUGGCAGGACUUUGCUUUCUCGUUUAGUCAAUAUCUUCACCAGCAAGGUGUCAUUCCUGAAGCCAACCCAUCGGCACGCAGGAUAAGUCCGUCCUCGUCCAAUAGCAGCAAUAUCAUGGGUAAUUCACAAGGAUUACUUCAAGUUAGCAAUCCUCAGUUUACGCCGGGCGGCUCUCCGCUACAAGGCUCUCAGCAAAGCUACAGUAGCUCGGCAAGUUACAGUGGAAGCUCUGUGCACUCCAUCCCUGGAAUCAAAGUAACGUCAAUUAACCAACCGACAAUGGUUCAAACAAGAGGAGCGACAGGUAUGGAUGAUGAUGAGGACGAAGAAUUUGAUUGGGAUUCAUUGCUCUAAAUACAGGUAGUGCAACAAGAACUGUGAUGUUAAUAACUGGGUGGGAGGAAUAAGAAAUGAGAUCAGUCUACGACUUACAGACUUUGUGACAUGUUUUAAAGUACAUGUAGGUAAAUAGUGUGAAGUAAACAUUUAUUUAAAUGCUACAGGUUAGCAGUCUCUUAGUUUACAAGUGAAGGAGAACCUUAUCCAUCAGGCCAUUGCUAAAGAAUGCCUAAAUCUACAGCUUUCACAAGGUUGAAGGUUUCUUCAGCCAAAUGUAAAUUUGAAUACAGUACAUGGAAACAAUUUAGUGUGUCUGGCAGGCAUAGCAAGCUAGUAGGAAGGGGGAUUUCAACAGUGGAGUAUUUUAAGAUGAAAUUUUUGUCUCUGAUGCUUUAUAGGGCUAAGUUUCAACUGUAACUGGAAGAUAUUGGUUUCUUACAGCAAUAGCCUUGUAGUCAAAGUUCUCCCCACAAGGGGACAAGUUUAGUACAUAUCCCAUAACAGAGAUGUAUUGAACAAUAACCUCUGCGAGCAACAAGGAUUGCGUCCAGAAUGUGAACUUUUUUCUUAGAGAUAAAUUUCCCUUCAAUUUUGAAGGCAAAAGCAGUUUGUUUACCUUAAUUCAGAGGCUACACCACUUGAGGGGUUAGUCAAUUCACAUGACAGCUUUUCUAGUGGUGAAAAGCUCAGACAGGAACAUGCAUGUAGUAAGGUCACUGAUUGUUAAACCUCAGGUCAAAGAGGUACUUUUAGGUCACUUUUAACCUUUCAUGACACAUUCAGCUUCAGGACUUCGUCAGAUAUACAUAUGGGUUAUUGACCAAGUGUGAGGUCAAGAUGGCUGGGUAUUGGCCGAGUUCUUAUGGACCAAGAUGGAG